AGAUCACAAAGUGCAGCCAAGAGAGUUGCAGACAUGUUCAGAGAUAGAAUAGUCAGAAAACUAUACUGGGCCACUACAGUUGGAGUACCAUCAUUUGAAGAAGGAGAAAUCAACAUUCCUGUUGGGGAAGCUAAACUUUUUAGUGGACAUCGUAUUGUUACAAGGCGGGAUCUGGUUGGAAAAUCUGCUGAAGUAAGUGAAACAUUAACCCAUUCACCUCUGGAAAUUUUGCUGAAUGAUGGCAUUUGAACCUAAAUAUCUUGACUGGUUACUAUCUGGCCAAAACAAAGCAAAACUGCUCAAGUUGAGCACUUGGCUGUCUUUUGUUUGUGAUGCCAAAUUACAGAUUCCAUAAAUUGGGUGGUGCAAAAGGCAAAAUUCCAUUUUUUUCCCCAUCACUUUUUGCGUUUAAAAGUGACAUUACCCCUUGAAGUUUACCUUUUGCUUUCUUUUUUCCCCUUGUCUUUUGCUAUUCUUACCCAGUAUUUUUCUUUUGCUGGACAAUACUUACUUGGCUUUAUUUUGGUGGGUUUAGUUUCUGUAAAAAGCCAUAGGAUUGUGAAAUUAUUUAGUAGAAAGUAUACAGGGGUAGAUGAACAAGAUUUAUAAUGAAAUAUAUUAUUAUUACCCGUCAACUUUACUUGGGUUUUCCAUUUUUCUCUACCCUGUUUGACUAGGAUGAGCUCAUUUGGGUACUAUUAGAAAAAUCUCUUCCCUCUGCCCAAGGUGAAAUGAUGAAUGUCCUCUCCCAGCCCUCAUGAUCAUUUGUUUUUUCCAGAUAUUGAAAGCUGCAGGCUUCAAAAAUGCAGUAACAAGAUUUCAAGUUUUAGACACAAAUAAGACCACAUGUGCCCUUUUGCAACUAGAACCACUAACUGGACUCAAACAGCAAAUCAGAGUCCAUGUGGCUGAAGGUCUCAAGUGUCCAAUACUGGGUGAUCAUAAGUUCUCUUCAGAUGCUCGUGAACCACAGGUAAACCAACUCAGGGUGUGACAGAAGUGCUAGGGACUAGUGGAGGAACCUGUCAGGCUAUUAUGUUUUAUUAUGAGUUGCCCACAGCCAAACAGCAUAUGCUGAAGUAAAUGUUAGGGAAGAAACGGAUUAGGGUGGGGAGGCCUGUACAACUGCUCCAGGCUAGUAAAUUUCAGCAUUAGUUUGUCUGAAGGGCCAGCAACUUUUUUAUCUUCAUCUCACCCUUCAACUUUAUGGGCCAUUAUGUGAGUAUCCAGAGAUUUUAUAAAGUCAUCAUUUGAUAACUGGGUAUGCCUCAGUCUUAUAGAUACGGAAUGUUUUGUUUUUAGUCAACAAAGUUACUUCUAAAAGUAAUGACACUAUUGUUCUUAUAUACUUCCCACUGACUUCAACAAAAUGUCAACUAACUGGAAAAGUCAUACUUUCUGUCUUCCAAAAAAUAAUUAAAUCAGAAUUCAAGUUUAGCUAAUUUCUUAUUCUCCUUCCCUAGGUGUUACCCUUGCGGUUACUUCAGCUUCUGCGAUUUCAAGGUGUAAAAAGCAAAAUAGAUCCCAACGCAAAGGGAAAAAUCAGACCAUGGCAAAGGGCACUGAUACCUCUUCAUUUACAUUCAAGACAACUGAUUCUACCACAGUUUGAUAAAGGAAAAGACAUUAUUAUUUCUGCACCACCUCCAGAAUAUUUUCAAGAAACACUUGAAAAAUUAAGUCUUCACCCCAAGAAGAAAAAUAUGAUUCUUUCUAGACAUGAAGCUGAAUAUUUAAGACUUAGGAGACUGGGAAAGUCAACCAAAAGACUUGUUGGAUUUUAA